AUGAAGACGAAGAUGAGCGAGCCUAAUCUCAAAGGCAAAAAGAAGCCAAUGAAUGACACGGAGCCUACUCCUGAGACUCCCAAUCGACGUUUGGGGCAUGCCAAAUUGUCUGUUCAAAGUCUGAAGCCCAGGAAUGCCUCCGAGUCGUUGCCAAAGACUCCAAGGCAGCAUCAGCUGGGAGGCAAGUCAUCUGUGCCUGGCCCCAAGAGCCAACACUCCGAGUCCAACUUGAGAAGAGUCAGGUCGACGUGUUCCACGAAGUACUCCAAUUCGCCCAGUUCUCCGCUUAAUGCACCCAGUGUUCCAGAGCUUCCUCGAUCAAAGUCCAGUUGGACCCUAGGAGGCACUGAUCAAAAGGAGAAUGUGCCACGCUUCAUGUCAUCGGUCCAAGCCAGAAGCAUCAGAGCGGUGCAGUACAACCUUCCUCCAAAGCUCGGAGAAUUCAAGUUGCCCACCAUCACAGGAUGCACUCCGACUAGGUCGAGGUUUCCACAGUUUGAACCUAAACAGGAGACACGGUCUGAGAAGAUGCUCAAAGCCAUCAGAGACCCCAAGAGCAAUAUGGUAAAGAAGUACAAAGGCGCGAUGAGGCAGUUGUCGAGGAUGGAUAUGCUCAAGAAGAUGCAUAAGUGUCUUGAUACGAUCAACCCGGGAAGUUCAAAACACAUCGAGCACAAGCCACUCUACCGAAUGAGAGCAGUCAAAAAGACCUCGAGGCUUCUCACUAUACCUAAGUCCCAGCAACAUCUGGCACUUGCACAAAAAGAGCAGAUUGAGAGCAUGUUGCGAGCAAAUAGACGGCGACUUUCUGCUACAAGUACCAUCAGUAGAAGAGCAUCAGUGUCCUCCCAUGCAAUUGGAGAUACUGUUCAGGGUCCAGAAAAUGCCCAAGGGCCAGGCCAGGAGGGGUCGGCCACAGUGAAUGAAGAGGAAGUGGACGAGGACCGCACCGUGCGCGAGUCUAUACUUCCCUUCCUCGAGUGGCUGGACUUCUUGCAGGGAAGGGCAAACCAAUUCGCUGAGGACGAGGGCGAAGAAGAUUUCACUCCCCCAGCAGCUCCUCUCACUUCUUCCCCGCCACAACCCUCUUCUUCUUUACUUCCUCUCACCCAAGACACCCUUCGAUCGCUUCAAAAUCUCUCUUCCACGGACGACGAUCGUUCUAAUUCUUCAUCUUCUGCAUCUUCCGAUAUCACCAUCACUCCUGCUAACGCCCAUACCUUUCUCGCAAUGUCUUCCUCUUCAAAACAAGCUUCUCACGACCCUUUUGUCGACUCCACUGAAGCCAAACGCACCAAGACUGGUGACGGAUACGACAUGUCCUCUCACCCAUGCUUGGGCUCGAUUCGGCCAGAUCUAAGCCCAGAAAUCUCCCGUUUCUUCUUGAGAACAACUUCUGAAGUGACGGAGCCAAAACAUACUGACAACCAUCUAGCUAUCAUGAAGCAGAGCACUGCCAAAGCAGGAGAAAGCUCCGCCAAUGGAAAGGACACCCAAGCCACUCAGGCAUCUUAUCAGGCUAAGGACACUAAAGUCCGGCCAUCUUCUCGCAUCCCCCGGGGCCCUGCCAGUAUGCAGGCACAGAUGCCGCUGUCUAGCGAACACAAAGGAGCUCGAGCUACCCCGGAGCCUCGCAGCAUAAUGCCUCUUACCACUCGCACCCACGGUGCCGAGCAGAUGGGUAGCGCUAGAAAUGCGCCCGUCGAAAGCUUCUCCGGAAGCAUCAGGGUCGUUGAGAAGCCCCGUGGCCCACGACCCCAGAUCACAGCAGAGCAGACCGAUCCGGUGGAAGGAUCUGCCGGUAAAGUCGAGAUGCCCGAACCCAUGUCCUCAUCUUCUGGCUCGUCGUUCACCAGUGACUGGGCUGCCGGAAAAGAGAGUGACGUGCAAAAGCCCCCAACUGUCUUCACUGGGGAGUAUCGUACUCGCACGUUUACCAGAUCUGGAUCGCGCUUGGAAGGCCCUAAGCUGAGAAUAGCCUCCUCUGCAGAGAGAGUGCUUAGAGGCUCGGUCACUAAGGGCAGCGACCACGCUGAUACCCAUCACUCACAUCCAGCCCUUAAACACACUGAUUCUCUCUCAGGUCUCCCGAAGGAGACCGAAGAUACAGACGAUACUCCUCGUGCCAUGCCAGCGACCUCGGGCUCUCACAAUCAAUCGGCCGAGCAGACCCCCGUAGCGCGCAACUUUUGCCGACCUCACAUCUAUGGCGGCAGCCUCGGGAGCAAUCCAGUUACGCCCACUAAGACUCCAGUUGGAGCAAUCUCUGAUUCUAUCGGCACUGGACCUCCCACAGCAUACCGCGUUGCACCACGCAGCUCGUCAAUGCAGGCCGUGGCCAACUUCCCCCUGCACCCCAAAGCAGCGAGUGCCAUCGACUUGACCUCCCAAGAGACAACCCGUCCAAACAUCACCCAGGAUGAUCUUGCGGCCAAGGGUUCGGGUCAUACCUCAGCCGGCGCACGCAGAUUUGGGACGAUCCGAAACAUCUUCAAGUCGAAGGGGGCCAACGAGAAAGCCCGCAUCCGCCACCAGGAGAACGAGGCACCCGGCGCUGCCAGCAAGGAGGCAGUGCCCGAAACCACCAAGGCCCGGAGUAAACGACACACCAAGAUCUCGCCGGCCCAAAUCUCUCCACCCAUGCCCAUGGCCGAAGAGGAGACUCCUUCAUUUGCACGGGCCACCACAUCGACGCGCACUAAGGCCGAGCCUCCCCGUGACGGGCGUAUUCGUCGGGCCAACCUGGCAGCAAUGUCAACGGGAAACCCCCAGCGCCGCGGCGUCUAUCGACGCUCGCAGGUCAUGAUGCCCCCGCGCAUCUCUACCCCGUCACGGGCGAUCGGAUCGGCUCACGACAUCGCCAUGGUGAUCCGGGACGAGGCCGACGCGGCCAUGAAGGUCGCCGACGUGGGCAGCUGCAUCGAAGAGCUGGUGGCCAAGGGCCGGGACGCGACAGAAGCCAGCCAGAGGGAGGCAUACCUCCGAUUGGCUCUCCGGCUGCAGAAGCAGCUGGACGAGUACAAGGGGGCAGAGGGGGCAGCCGCCGAGGCGGAGGCUGCGGCCGCCAUGAAGCGGUCCGCAAAGGCCGACGCCGAACAGGCGCUGUUCGCGUGUCUCUCGGGGGUCCUCUCCCAUCUGGGGGAGGACCAGAUGGGCCAGUAA